AUGGAAACGAAGAUAGUUGCAUUGCUUGCUAAAAAAGGGGCGAGCCCGGACGCGCACUACCCGUCGGCGGGCACGACGCUGCUGUGCCACGCGUGCUCCGAGGCCGCGCGCGACGAGUACGUGCGUGCGCUGCUGCGCGCCGGCGCAGACCCCAACCUGGACGCCCCCGCGCUCGUGGCGGCGCGCAGCGAGAACUUCGUCGCGCUGGAGCUGCUGCUGCUGCAGCCCGACUUCGACGUCAACACCACCUUCGCCGACGGCGGCACCAUCCUGCACGUGCUCUUCCGCAUGCCCUGCAAAGUGCGCAAUACGGAGAAGCUUCUACGGUGCAUCGAACACGUGCUCAACAGGAUGGAUGUCCAGGUGAACAGGCCGGACUGCUUUGGAAUGACUCCCAUCAUGUACGCAGUGGAGCUGUACCAAGAGGACCGCGUGCAAGUCAUGCUGAAGCAAUCGAAGCACAAGCUGAACCUCGACGUCCUUCAGCCCAACUUCGGGAAAACCACGCGGGAGUUCAUUCUGAAACGCUUCUUUGAUCUCAAAGAGUUCUUGCCUCCUCAGGUGAUCGAGGACCUGGAGUCGCCCGACCCGCACGUGCGCCUGCUGGCCGCCCUGCAGCACCGGCGCCUGGACCUCUUCAAGGAGAUCCUGCAGGCGCGCGACGCCGACGACAGCGCCCUCGUCAACCCCAACCACUGGUACGACGACCCCUACUACUGCACGUGCCUGGAGCUGGCGUGCCGCAUCAACGGCUGCGAGGACUUUGUGCAGGAGCUGCUGGACGCGGGCGCCGACCCCACCGCCGUCUCCAAGAUGGACGGCACGCCGCUCGUGCACUUCGUGCUCGACUGCUGCAACUACGCCACCCUGCAGGCGAGCUACAUGAACGUGACGGCGCUGCACAUGGCGGCGGUGCAGAAGAGCGACCACCCGGAGGCCAGCGAGCGCGGCCGGCGCUGCGUCGAGCUGCUGCUGAGCGUGCAGCACGCCAUCGACGUCAACGUCAAGGACGGCAACGGCGACACCCCGCUGCACUACGCCGUGCAGUACGGCUGCAAGGAGGUGGUGCUGGCGCUGCUGCGCAGGGGCGCCAACAUGAUGGUCAAGAACAACAACCGCCAGCCGCCCGUGCACCUCAUGGCCGCGCACGUGCUCGAGGAGUUUCUGGACGAGCAGGUCGACAGCAACGACUACUCCUCGCGCACGGGCUGCUACACGCUCAUCUUCAAGUACGGCUUCCUGCAGGCGGCCGAGUUCUCGGCCGCGCCCGCCACCCCCACCGCCACCGCCACCGCCACCGAGAUGGAGCCGCUGCUGUGCAUGACGCAGCCGCACCUGCGGCGCCUGCUGCAGCACCCGGUGCUCUCCAGCUACCUCUACCUCAAGUGGACGCGCGUGCGCAUGUUCUUCUACAUGAACAUCAUCUUCUACACCGUCUUCGUCAUCGCGCUCACCGCCUUCAUCCUCCUCAACGAGGCCGCGCCGCCCGGCCCCGCCCGCGAGGCCCCGCCCCCGCCCACGCCCCCGACGGAGCUCGCUGCAAACGGCACCGCCCCCGCCAACGACUCCGACGCCGCCAACGACACCGACACCGCCGCCGCCAACGACUUUGGCAAUAAGUUAUCCUCCUUCUUCCAGGACGACAGCAAGCACGCCAUGAAAGCUUGGCUGCUGGUGGUGAUCUUUUUCUUCGGCUACAUCAUCAAUGAGAUAUUCCAAAUGUUCAUGUUGCGACUGCAGUACUUUCGGAUUACAUCCAACUAUAUGAGUCUCCUAGUCAUUACCGUCACCGGUAUCGUUAUCACUCACCACUGGAUUGACGAUGCUGUGUACAAGCAUCUUUGCGCCAUUGCUAUUCUUAUAUCGUGGGUCGAUCUGGUUCUGAUAUCCGGACGAUUGCCUACCUGCUCUAUUCACUUAGAGAUGCUGAAGAAGGUGACUUCCACAUUUCUCACCUUCAUGACGUGGUACUUCCUCCUGAUUAUCGCCUUCGCGCUGUGCUUCCACACGCUGUUCUUCAAGUUCAAGCUGGACUCCGAGGAGGUGAACUUCUUCCACGACCCGUUCCUCUCCAUGGUGAAGACAAUCGCCAUGUUCGCCGGCGAGCUGAGCAUCGCGUCGCUGCCCUUCAGCGUGGUGCCCGGCACCAGCCACGUGGUGUUCGUGGUCUUCGUGUUCCUCAUCGCCAUCGUGCUGCUCAACCUGCUCAACGGGUUGGCUGUCUACGAUACGCAGGCCAUUAAGGAAAACGCGCGCGUUCUGUCGCUGGUGUCGCUGGUGCGCCUGGUGGCUUCCAUCGAGCGAACGCUGCUGGACCUGCGUUCGUCUGCGUUCAGCACGAGCACCAGUCUGGUGCGCUUCUUGCCGGAUCCAAGGCUUUAUCAG